AUGCAGUUCUCUGUCGCUCUCACCGCAAUCCUCUCGGCAUUCGCCGUUCCUGCCAUUCUUGCUUCUGAGUGUAAGGUUGGAUUCAACAACCCCCGAACAGACUGCUGCUGGGGAAAGGGUCAAAAGUCCUGCAUGAACCAGAACGGCGACGCAGUUUGGUGCGCAAGUAACUCUGCCAACUUCUGCUACAACGUCAAGCGUCAGGGUACUGAUGUUCCCGUCUCUGACACAUGCGACGCUGAUUGCUGCGAUACAAAGACCGGCUGGGGUAUUGGAUGCCCCAAAUAA